AUAAAAGCAAGUUUACUCGGUGGCGUUGUCACACGGGCACACGCAUAUAUACUGUACACGGGAUCGUAAGGUCAGAACGAUAUACAAGGGUAGUUUUGUGCUGAGUCCAAGAUCACCUUAACGUUCACGAUCACCUUAUAGAGUCGGAUUUCCCUGACCUCCAGUCAUGACCUUGAGUAUCUUGACCGGAAAGCUGACGUUUGAUUCUCUGCGUCCUCCAGACCUGACCUGCUGUACUAAAAGACAACUGCGGGAUUACUUUGAAAAUGGCUACGACUUGAACGAGUCUCUCUUCACAGCAUUGCGAGAGGAGUCAACGUUCUACACAUGUCCAGACCGUCUGAGGCUCCCCCUGAUUUUCUACUUCGCCCACACAGCUUCUGUGUAUGUCAACAAGCUAAUGCUGGCUGGGCUUCUGAAGGAGAGAAUUGACCUGGAGUUUGAGACCAUGUUUGAAACGGGUGUGGACGAGAUGUCCUGGGACGAUACGGAGAAUUACCGCAUGGGAGGGAGUUACCAAUGGCCAUCUCUUGACAAGGUCGUAGAGUACAGACGGACAGUGAGAAAUGUCAUCCUUAAGAUGAUCCAGGACACACCAUUAGAACUACCUAUCACCAUGGACAGCCCAUUGUGGGCACUGCUGAUGGGUAUGGAACAUGAGAGGAUCCAUAUUGAAACAUCUUCAGUCCUCAUUCGCCAGCUUCCUGUUUCCAUGGUAACCAAGCCAAAUGGUUGGGUUUAUGGUCCUCUAAAGCAUGGUAAAAAAGUGAAGACCAACCCGUUGAUUACUGUUGAUGCAAAGACUGUGACGUUUGGGAAACCAGAGAAUUUCCCAUCUUUUGGCUGGGACAAUGAGUACGGAGAGAUAACUUACAAUGUACCCAAGUUUGAGGCGAGCAAGUUUCCAGUGACUAACGGUCAGUUCUUGAAGUUUGUUCAAGAUGGAGGCUACAACAACAGGGCCUACUGGACUGCAGAGGGAUGGGAGUGGCGAACAUUCCGCCAGGCACAACACCCAACCUUCUGGACAUGUGAUAAAGGCUGUAAGUCGAGUUGCGGAUCAGCUCUUGCCUCUUACUCUCAUUGCACACCAAGAAUAUCAAACGGGACCAGCAAUGGCUACACAAACAAAGACACGGUGCCUUACAGAUACCGUGCCAUGUUUGAUGAGAUAAACAUGCCGUUGGACUGGCCAGUCGAUGUGAUCUACCAUGAAGCACGUGCCUACUGUGCCUGGAAAGGGCCGGACUUCCGUCUGCCUACAGAGGCAGAAUACCAGGCCAUGAAAGGCCAUGAGCUGCCGACGAGCUGUGGAGUCAAGUGUGAUACAAUCUUCCAGGAGAACUCUAGUGACAAUAACAAUCUGUUGUACGGAUCGUCCACACCGGUUAACAUGAAUGCCGCAUCAGACCUGGGAUUCCACGAUCUCUACGGAAAUGUCUGGGAGUGGACUGAGGACCAUUUCAAUGGCUUUAACGGGUUUAAGGCUCACUUCCUGUACGACGAUUAUUCCUCACCAUGUUGUGACGGACGACAUAACGUCAUGCUGAACGGAUCAUGGAUUUCCACUGGCAGCUAUGGCUCCAAAUUCACACGUUUAUCAUUCCGUCGACAUUUCAUGCAGCAUUGUGGAUUUCGUAUGGCUCGAUCUUUAACUAAAACAAAAGGGAAGAUUGACAUUCCAGUAGCCAUUUUGGAUAUGGUUGACGAUCAAGACAUUCCUGAAACCAUUGACUCCACAAAGUAUGCACUGAAGCGUAGUGGCACCACCAAUAUCCAGUUUAAUUAUGACAGUAAGGAGGCAUUGGCUGGGAUUCUGGAACAGGAGUUUGGUUACAGAGAUGCUUUACCAUGUGUGGUUGCUGAUCUGUGUAGAAGCUACACUCGUACCUACAGGUGUGGCACCAAAUCAGCGGCCUGGUUUGGGUCUGGCUCUGGCCGUGGACCUAUGCUUCUCUCUAGCACAUUCACCAAUAUACUCGCUGUAGACUACAGUGGAAAAUUCAUUGACGCAGCACUCCGUCUACAACGUGGGGAAGAAGUGCCCUUCACAGGACCAGAUGGCCAGCCUACAUCUGCCUCCGUCACUGGAGCAUCCCAAAAUGUCAACUUCAAACAGUUUACCUGGGUCCCUAACGAAACUGGCAAGCACAACCUGGUUGUAAUGACAUUCCUUGAGAGAACUCUCACUCCCAAAGCUUGGCUGGUAAGAAUGUGGGAGAUCAUUGAAGACGCUGGGAUAGUAGUCAUCGUGUCAGAGGAUGAGACCUGGGGCCGGGACGCACUUGCACCUCACCUGGAAAAUAGACUGAAAUGUGUUUGUGUCCAAGAAGUUCCCUAUGAGAAAUGUGGAGGACAAACUGUUGCCGUGGUCACUGUGUGGUCCCUGAAAUGUUGAGACUGGACUUUGGUUGCCAUGGCUACUGACUGUGUGGUCCCUAAAGUGUUGAGACUAGACCCUACCUAGUUGUCAUGGUUAGAUGUGGUUCCUGAAGUGUUGAGGCUGAACCAUAUGUGGCAGACAGAAACUGUAGCACUUUUUUGUGUGGUCGUUAAUGUGAUAAUCAAAUUGACAUUUUUGUGGAAAAAAAGGAAAAAGAAAAGAAAAAAAGAGAACAUUCACCCCAGGUUCUAGGAGAAGACAGUGUAUUUUUUAUGGGAGAUGAAGAUAUAUUGAUGUAUUUACCUUUUUUUUUUUGACUUUUCCUUUGUUAUACUGUACAUGUUGAUGGUACUUGAUUCUAAUGGCUGUUGUAUGUUCUCUAUAGAAGUAUGACAAAUCUUCUCCACUCAGUAGCAUACAAUCGUGUUGUUAUUUAAACUGUAGACAUUUUGAUGUUUCAUUCUUGAGCUUAUUGUUGGACACCUAUACGAGAUAUAUGUAUAACUGUAUUAAUUAUCCUUUAUCCACAAGACGGAUGUGGAAACUAUUUAUGUGUAGCCUUGUUAGAAACAUUUUAUUCACAUGUUUUAAUGUGGCUGGCUUUUGUGUAUAUUUAUUGAUACAUAAAACUGACCUGAUGGGA